UCCAUCGAUUCACCGCUGGUUUUAUGUUGUAGGGCCAUGGCACCUACCAUGUCCGUAGAUGAGCUGACAGCGGAGUAUGGCCAGAUGAUUGACAAGAUGCGGAAAACCUUUGACACAGGGAAAACCAGGAACCUUUGGUGGCGAAAACAGCAGCUCCGACAGUUGAUCAAGAUGUACCAAGAGAACCACGAAGAGAUUGGCGCAACCAUCAAUGCAGACAUGGGUGGCACCAAGAUGCGGGCAAUGGGAGAGAUUGCACCGGUCACCAGUGCUGAUGAUUGCUUGACCAACAUUGAUGAGUGGUCAAGAGAUCGAUGGGUGGGCGGACUUUUCGACAGGCAAUAUGUGCGUCCAGAGCCCAAGGGUGUUGUAUUGAUCAUUGCGCCAUGGAAUGUGCCGUGGCAACUCACCAUGCGACCACUCACUGCAGCCAUUGCUGCAGGGAAUGCUGUAGUGCUGAAACCCAGCGAAUUGAACCCUCGUACCGCGCCACUCAUGGAAAAGUUAGUGCACAAGUACAUGGACCCUGAGUGCUUCAGGGUGGUUCAGGGUGCUGUCGAAGAGACAACUGCCCUCUUGAACAACCGCUGGGACCACAUCUUUUACACGGGGAACGGCCAAGUGGGGCGUAUUGUGAUGGCAGCAGCGGCGAAGCACUUGACGACCGUGACCUUGGAGCUUGGCGGAAAGAGCCCAGUCAUUGUGGAUGAAACUGCGAAGAUUGACGUGGCCGUGAAACGCAUCGCUUUGAUGAAAUGGUCCCUGAGUGGCCAGAUCUGUGUCGCACCAGAUUAUGUCUUCGUGCACCAGAGUGUUGAGAAAGACUUCCUGGAUCAGCUGAAAGCAGUUGUGAUUUCCAGCACUGGUGAGGAUGGCAAAGGACGAGUUGAUGACUUUGGUAUGAUUGUGAACGAGAAGCAUGUGGAUCGACUGGAAAAUCUCAUUCAAACAUCCGGUGGAAGCAUCCUGUGCGGCGGAGCAGAGGGCAUCGAGAGAGAGGAGCGUUUCGUGCCUCCGACCAUCAUACACAAGCCCAAGAUGGAUGCACCCAUUAUGCAGGAGGAGAUUUUCGGACCCAUUCUGCCAGUCAUGCCGUAUGAAGACCUGGAGACUGCCUUGAAAAUCAUUCGCUCCAAGGACACCCCGCUGGCAUUCUACGUCUUCUCUCAGGAUUCAGGAAACAUCGAGAAGGCCCUAAGCCAUGUCCAGAGCGGCGGCGUUUGCAUCAACACAGUCUUCGAGCACCUUCUACCUGAGACGCUGCCCUUCGGUGGACAAGGUGCGUCUGGAAUGGGUGCUUAUCAUGGCAAAUUUGGUUUUGACGAGUUUAGCCACAGGCGUGCCAUUCUGGUGAAGUCUACUCUUCCGGGGAUGCGUGGCACGUUGUUUCCUCUACCGCAGGCUGGAAAGGCCAUGCCCCAAUGGAUCUAUCCUGUGGUCAUGAAACUGCAAUUUGGCAUUGUGCCGCAGAGCAUGAAGGCCUGCUGGCGCGGGGUAUAUGCAACCCUUAUGGCACCGAUCCGAAGACUUUUCUUCGCCUGAGGGCAGCGCUUAGCUUACAUUUCAUGGUGGUAGAAAUCCGCUUAGAUGGAGUUGGAACAUGUUGGAAC